AUGUUUUCAGGACCGGUUACAAUAUCCAGUCCAUCAGCUUGCCCCGAUGGCUCCACCCCGCAGAUCUGUGCUGAUGCUUGCACGGGCCAGCAGUGCGCUGCCAACCCGCGGGCCACUUGUUACGCUGACCCCUGUAACAACUGUAAUGUGACCUUUGCCACGCCAGAGGGGGUUGUCACCUGUGAGUCCAAACCAGUCUGUGAGCUGCCUCUUGACCGUGGGGAUUGUACUCUCCGUGACAACCGCUGGUACUACAACAACACAGCAGGACAGUGCCAACUGUUUGUGUUUGGAGGAUGUAAUGGCAAUACCAACAAUUUUGCCACCAGGGGAGCCUGCGAGGCAUCAUGUUACCAACCAGCUAGUGGUCCAGUGUGUGAGAAUGCUGCAGCCCCUUCUCUGUGCUGGGAGAGUUGUAAACAGCAGACCUGUUCCUUCUUCCCAGAGGCUCUCUGUAAGGCAGAUGUCUGUAACAACUGUACGAUUGACUUCUACACCCCAGACACUGACAGAAAGGUGGACUGCAAUCAGUUGAGCACCAGAUGUCAGCGAGAGCGUGCCUGGAAACAGUCUCUGGCCAUGCCCCCUAACCACAUCCCACAGUGUGAUGAGACUGAUGGAGAAUUCCUCCCCAAACAGUGUGACCAGACAGAGUGCUGGUGCGUGAACGGAGAGGGAGAGCCCAUCACGGAUGCCCGUGUCAACAUUGGAGCCAGUCAGUUCCUCAACUGCGAGCCAAACAAGACUGUUGAAGCAAAGGUGACCUUUAAGAUUGAGGUCGAUUUUAAUACAGUGAAAGGAAAGGAAGAUGCGUUUAUACAAUCUCUCACAAACAUCUUGAAACUCCUUCUCAACGGAGACAGCAACAUUAAAGAAAUUACAAUUUCACCAGGCAGUAUUGAAGUUGAGAUAAUACUGCAGGACACGCCAGAUACUGAUUUGUCUGAGGUUACAAACAUAGUGCAGACAACGGUGGUCCAGUCCGAGUUUAAUGUGAUCUUUGAGAACCAGACAUAUCGGGCAGAACCAUCGUCUGUGUCUGUAGCAAGGAAGUUUGCUGCCCCGCCUGCCACACCCAGCCCACCUGUCACCUCGACGCCCAGCCCAUCUGUCACCACGACAACUGGCCCGAAGGUUGGCGAGAGCGAGCAAGAGGACUUGAAUACAGCCAUCAUUAUCGGAGUCGUCUGCGGAGUUGUCCUCUUGGCUGUCAUCGCCACCAUCAUUGUUGUUCAAUGCAGAAAACUGAAGAAACGAGAGGAGAAAAUUGAAUAUUCAGAUUCUGGAGAGAGUUUAGACUCCCGAGCUCGAUAUAAGCGAUAUCAGGGGUUUCCCGUAAGAUUCAGCGGCAGGUCUUAUAAACUGGGUACUAUACCUGUGGACAACGCCCUGUACUUCUCUGACCCCACGAACCUUCCAGCUGAUGAAUAUGCGCAACCUGAACUGGGGGCCAGGGCAUACUGCCCAUCACCUAGUGUUGAUUACAACUGACCAACGGAAGACGAACUCUAACACAUCUUCUCAUAUCAUUUCAUAAAUAUCUAUGUUGGCGCUGGUAAUGGACAUAAGCAGAAUGUGAUAUAUGUAUUUUAAGGUAACUGCUGUCUAGGGCUGGCCCCUUUUGGAAAUCAGACUACUGAUAACUUUUAUCAUAAGUAUUUUCUCUUCUCUCACUUUUUGCCAGUACAGUAGAUUUUAAGAAUAUAUCUAUCUUUCACAUUUUAUAACACAGUAUGUUCUGUAAGCCUCAUUUAUUAGUUAGGUAUUUAAUAUCUACAUACAUAUAUGUUUUGUAUAUGCCCCAAUGCCAUAUCAUAAAGAGAAAAUAAUAACACUUUUAAUAGUAAAUACAUUCAAAUUGAUGACUUAUGACAUCAUUUUAAUGAAAUAUUUGUUGUUUACAUUUGUAUAACUUCUUGAUAAAAAAGUUGUAUAUUUUCAGAAUAAAGCAUAUUUUUUUACAACAAAAAAUUGGCACUUUUGUCUUCGCUAUGUUACUGUCUUUGUGAAGAGCCAAUUUGAAUUCUCCAACAAUCUAACAUGCAAGAAACAAAUUUAUCAAGAAAAAUUGCAAAGAAGAUGCCUAUUAUUCUUUACAGACCAUAGACAGAAAUGGAUGAAGAAAUAGACAAAACUCCUAUUAAACUGUAACCAGUUCACAGAAUGCAUGUAAUUGAGAUUUCAUUAUAUCUGGUCCAGUACUUCAUGCCCAAGGAUCACAAAGGGAUCUUAAGACUUCACUCACAAUUUUAAUCAUUACAUUUGGUAUGUUCCUCUCCGUUAUUUUAGCCGCAAUUUGUUGUACAAUAACUUUCCCAGAAUUUACAUUGUCAAGCAAUAUUUUGACAUUGUUACAUCAGAAAUAGCAUUUUUAAAGUGAUCUGAAAUUUUGACUUAAGUCCAAGAUCACUUCGUGAUUGCCAGGCCUGGCGAUACAACUACAAAUUUAAAACUCAGCCACACAUGAUACAGACCAUCAGUUCACAAGGCCAGUAUUAACAAGAUUCACAUUAAAUUUUGUAAUCCUUCAGACGGGCAGGGCUAAGAGUUAUACUUAGACAGAGAAUAACACAGCUAAACACUUGAUAUACAGACCAGCACACACAAUACACCAUAUAAUAAUUUCCACACCAGGUAUGAUUGAAAGAGAUUACCAAAAGCUUGGCCAGUAGCACUGGAGAAAUACUAUAUACAAGCAAGAGUUCCAUAAUGUUUGUGUAAGGCAAAAUCAUGCCUUAAAGUACGAUAUGCAGUGUCAAACCAAUGUUUUUGAAGAAAAACGUAUGUAGAGAAGCUAGAUUUUGCGUUACAUGAACUGUAUCCAAAAAAUGGACAGGAUAAAGAAUAGCACUAUUAUACAAAUGUAUCAGCUCCUUGGUUCACAAGAUAUCGUGCGGAGAUAUCGGCUUCAGUCAAAAUACAAUGGCACCAACAAAAAUUGCACAACAAAAAUUUAUCUAAAGUAGUUGUGAAGAUUCCCUCUUUUAGAGCUUCAGCAGAAAAAAAAAAUGGCUAAAUUGGCUCAAUAGCUGAUAACGUAUUU